GCAGGCAGGCAGGAGCCCGCGGCGGGACCAGGGAGAAUGGAUUAGUUUACCAGCCAAAGCUAGCUCCACUGCACCGCAUUUUGCUUAGUUCCCGGGUAAGGGUGCUAGCACUAUCAACAGCAGCAGAUGCACUGAACAGCUUGUGCAUGCAUGGUAGAUGAUGGAGGGCGAUAUGCAUGAGGGAGGGAGACCAGGCGGAGCGGGUGUCCGCCAAAUAAAGCGUGGUGCUUACAUACAGAGGCUUAGUCGCUAAGAGCAAUCGAGAGCGUCACGGCGCCAGCCUGCCUGUGCCAAUCAUCAUCUGCUGCUGCUGGUGGUGGUGUGGUGGCGUCGUCUCAACAAAAGCGAGCCGAGCAGAGUGCUGAGGCACAAACAAGUACAACACCAUCCCCUCUCUACCUUCUUAUCUCUUCUCCUCGUGCACCAGCAACAAAGGUGGCAGGCACAGAGAGAGCUAGCUUUGGCCAGGCGUCCACAGCAGCCAGCACAAGAACCAGAGUAGUUUGCGUUCUUCAGAUGUCGACGGUGGUCAUGGGGGUGGAUCUUGAGUGCCACAAGUGCUACAAGAAGAUCAGGAAGGUCCUCUGCAAGGUCCAAGACAAGGUGAGCAUCAGGACCAUCUCCUACGACGAGAAGAACAACACGGUGACGGUGUCCGGGCCCUUCGACGCCGAGGAGGUCGCCGACAGGCUCACCGCCGACGCCGGCAAGGUCAUCACCGACAUACACGUCGUCGGGGGCUUCGGCUUCGGCUUGGGCGGGGGCGGAGGCGGAGGCGGAGGGAAACAACAGAAGCACGGCGCCGUCGCUCCCGGCAAGGCGCCCAAGCCAGGGAAGGCCAGCGGCAACGGGCACGGCCAGGGCGGGCACGGAGGCGGAGGCCAUGGCGGCGGCGGCGGAGGCAACGGGCACGGCCAUGGCCAGGCCGGCGGGCACGGAGGCGGAGGCCAUGGCGGGCACGGCGGCGGAGGCAAGCCGGGUAAGAAUAAGCACGUCAAGUUCGACGACAUGGACAUGGACGACGACUUCGACGACCUGGACAUGGACGAGCCGGCCGGCCGCCACGCGCACGCGCACGCGCACGGGCACGGGCACGGCGACGGCAAGCCGAAGAUCGUCAGGACGACAAACACCCCCAUCGCGGCGCGGCUGGAGGCGCCCCGCACGGGCCCGGCGAUGUCGAUGGCCGCGGCGGCGCCCGUGAGGAUGCCGAUGCCGGCGAUGGCGCCAAUGCCGCAGCAGCAGGGCAUGGGGGGCGCGCCGUCCAUCUGGCCGCCCGCCCCCGAGUGGGGCUACAGCGCGCAGCCAUACGGCAGCUACAGCGGCCCGCCUACUGGCGGGUACUACGGCGGCGGGGGCGGCCCCGCCGGGCACUGGCCCUAUGGUGGCGGCUACGGCCGGAACCCGUACGGCCAGCAGUACUACGAGGACGAAGAGCCCAGCGCUGCGUGCAGCGUCAUGUGAUGUCACCGGCUCGUCUCCGCUACGCGACAUCUCGUGUCACGCGCUCUCCGUGUCCACGACCACGACCACUGCUGUAAAAUUAUUCCUAGUGCUCGUGUAUGUAUGUAUAUUAAGCUGUAUUUUUAUUUUCGCCAGCCCUAUUUUCACUGUUUUUUUAUGGCGUUUGGUUUGCUUCAUGUGUUGUCAGAGUAUCUUGUUUGUUUGUGUUGUGUGUGUGUGUUUUGGAGUGGAUAAAGUUCGUCAUAGAUUGACGGUACGGUAGUAGGACCUAGGACGAACGAAGCUCCAUCUCCAGACUCCAGUGUGUAUAUGUAUGCUACACUCUUUUAUGUUCUUCUUAAACUGUGUUAAUGCA